UAAUAACAGGAAAUCACAUGUCCGUGAUAAGAAUAAUUACAUGAAAUUCAAACGUUUUGUUGUUUUCUUAAUUAAUUAUUCAAACAAUCACAGGGAGAGAGAGAGAGGAGCGGCAUGAAUGAAAUUCAAAUCGUUGAUAAUGAAACCCUAAUACCUAUAAUUGUUGUAUAAGCGAAGAGGUUUGUUGCGUGGAGGUGGUCCAGGAAUGCACAUUUUUCCAAUGGAUAUUUGCUAGUUUGUCACACUUGCAAGCUUUUACAGCCUUUAUGUCCAAAUUGUGUGGUGAAGGAUUCUCAGUGAUAAUGUCCUGUUCGCUGUGUAGUUUUAAGUAGUGAAAAUAUAGCAUAAGCUUUUUGCUGAAGUAAAUCAGUGAGCGGUGGCCUUGAGAGUUGAGUGUUCCUUCCUUUUAAUUUGAGAACGCUGCUCGCUUUCGAAAAUGCAGUCGCAGAAGUCAAGAGGUGGUUCUUCUACUUCCGGCGUGUCUCCGGUCACGCCGAGAUCUACACGGAUAGUGAAAAGCGCGGCUUCGGAUUCAGAUAGCGGGGCUACUCCUCCUCGCAAUGGCAGCAGGCUGCCGCUUGAUAGAAGCCCCAGGUCCAGCCCCAAGCCUAAAAUCCCCGAGCAUAAGUCACCAAGGAGUCCACUAUCUGAGAAACGCGCAACCAAGGCAUCUGAGCUGCAGCAACAGCUUGCAGAGGUUCAAGUAGAGCUGAAGAAGACAAAGGAACAGCUAGUUGCAGCUGAAACUGAAAGGGCACAAGCAUCGGAGGUCCAAGAAGAGCUAAAGAAGACUAAGGAACAGCUCGUAGCAGCAGAAGCUAAAAGUGCGCAAGAAUUGGAGUCGCUCCAAGAGGCGAAAAAGCUUAGCGAGGCAACUGCUUCAAAGCUUGAAGAAUCUGAGAAGAGAGCUCAGGAGAUUUCUGAGAAUGGAUCGGCUCAACUCGUUGAUCUGCAGCAGGCUUAUGAGGAAGCUUCGAGGGAGAGGGAAAUGGCAUGGCAGUCCCGGCUUGAAGCUGUGGAAAGACAAAAUUCGAUGGAUGUGGCUGCCUUGAUGUCGGCUUCCCAAGAGCUUCAGAGGGUCAAGCAAGAGCUGAGCUUAGCCAUGGAUUCGAGAACCCUGACCAUUGCUCAGGUCGAGCAGGCCAAUAUGGAAAUCGAUAGCUUAAAACUUGAGAUUGCUAAUUUGAGAAUGCCUGAGCCAAAUUUGUCCGAUGCGCAUGCUCAUUUGGAGAAUCUGAGAUCCGAAUUGAAAGAAGCAAGAGCUUCAGAGGCUAGGGCUUUCAUGGCAGCCCGCGAUGCUAACCUCAAUCUGGAGGAAGCCAGGAUGAAAAUGAAUGCUGCUAAAGAAGACGAGAAUAAGGCGAUGGAGUCGUUGAGACAAAUAAGUGCAGAGCUUGUAGAAGCCAACACUGGUCUUAAAAACUCUAAAUGCGAGGUGGCUGAACUAACAGAAACAGUGCAGCGCUUGAUGGCUGAGCUUGAGAAAGCUAGAACAGAGCUGGUUGAAGUAAAGAAGAGAGAAGCUGAAGGAGAAGAAAGGAAUAAAAAGGCAUUGGAAAGUCUUGAAUUAGACCUCCACCAAGUUACUGCAGAAGCAGGGCAUGUUAAAAUUGAGCUUCAGGCUGCUUAUGAGGAUGCACAGAAAGCUAAAUUUGAAGUUGAACAAAUGAAAGCUUUAUUUGAAGGCACAGAAUCUAAGUUUGAGGCAAUGCUCAGUGAGGCCAGAGCUGAGGCAGAGCACGAUAAAGAAGCAGGUAUGAGAGCUAAGAUGGAUGCUGAGGAGUAUGCAGCCCUCAUCAAUGAAAGAGAGUGUAAGUUGAUGGAGGCUUUGAGAGAAACAGGAGCCAAGGCUAAUGAAACAAAAGAAGAAUUGGAAAAGAUUAAGUUGGAAGUGGCAGAUCUGAAAGCCUGUUUGAUGGAUAAAGAGACAGAGUUACAGAAUAUACUGGAGGAAAAUGAGACUGUAAAAUCUAAUGAGACUGUACUGCUUGAGAAAAUUGCCCAUUUGGAGAAAUCACUUGCCAUGGCCAAGAAUUCUGAACCAUCAGAAGCUAAUCGUGUUGCACUGGAUGAUGGAGCCCAAGGGGGAGGAGAUGGUCCUUCAAAUGAAAAACUGGCGGAAGCCCUCAAAGCAGCUGCAAGUGCUAAUGCUAGAGAGAGAGAAGCCGUGGAAAAGCUUAGGGUUUGUGAAUUGGAGCUUGAAAACAGUAGCCAGAGAGCAAAUAGAUCAGUGGAGCAGCUUGAGGCUGCACAGGCUGCAAAUCUAUCAAUGGAAGCAGAUAUGAAAAGGUUGAGGAUACAAACUGAACAAUGGAAGAAGGCGGCUGAUGCAGCUGCAACUGUUCUGGCUGCUGCCCACAAUGGGGAACUUAAUGGUAAAGUAGUGGAAAGAUCAGCCUCUCUGUUAUCAGAUUCUGAUGUACUUAACAUGAGAUUCUCAUCUCCCAUGAAGGAUGAUUUUGAUGGCUCACCAAACUCAAAGAAGAAGAAGGCCAUGCUGAAGAAAAUUGGAGAUCUGUGGAAGAAACGGGGUCAGAAGUGAGGUGCCUUGGCUUUAGCCUCAGCAAUGUCAGGCAUGUCUGCAUUUGACAUAGAGCUUGCUGGCUUGCUUUAGUGGCAUAUGUAUUUUGAUUGCAAAAUGGGUACAGUAACAGCCUUUUAGUAUACUAUACUAUUUUUCCUGGAAGUAUGAUCGUAUCUUUGCAGUAUUAUUAGCUCCCUCCAUAGAGGAAUGAUCAUCCUUGAACAGAAUCAUCUUCACUGCAAAGUCUUAUAAUUUAUGGCUUAAAUUUUUGCAAUGAUUUACUCGUGGGAUGUGCGCUGUACAUAGACCUAUCCUCUAGAGUAUGUCUUGAUGAAGCUCAUACUGUGAGUAACUAUUUGGUGAUGCAGAGGGCAGUGUUGGGCACUGUUCUCUAUCUGCCACCAUGUCUCCUGUAUUGAUUUGAAUUUGCAGAACUGGUUUAGUUAUGGCUGUAACUAUCUCUAAAUUAGUAGUUAAAGGACAAUGUAUGUCUCCUUUUUAAUUGACGAUAUUUUCAGUUUA